AUGCCUAAGGAUCUACCUAACUUUUCCGGCGACCCUCAGGAAUGGCCGUUGUUUCAUAGUGCGUUCUGUAAUUCUACGGAAGCAUGCGGGUACACUGACUCAGAAAACCUGGCUAGAUUGCAGCGAUGUCUGAAGGGGAAUGCACUUGAGGCGGUUAGGAGUAGGUUGCUGAUGCCACAGUCAGUGCCGGCACUACGCGCAGUUCCAUCUCCAAAAGUAGAUAAUCUUGAGUCGUUGAUCACCUUUGGACUCGCCGUACAGAAUGCAGUAGAUCACAUGUCCAUCGCAAAUUUAAACAACCACCUUUGGAAUCCGAAAUUGCUCUGCGAACUGGUAGAAAAGCUUAAAAUGGAGUGGUCAUCCUUCAUGAGGAGCAGCACAAAUGUCAACCUGGCGACGUUUGGCGCUUUCAUGUCCGAGCUUGUCAUGAUGGCUUCGGACGUGACACUCCCCGUGGACAUGGUAGGUGUGUCCGCAAAACCAUUCAAAACAAGAAGGGAGAAACAGAAGUUGUAUGUUCACUAUGAGGAGAUACGAACAGAAAAGGCAGAUAUUAGUGCGGUGAAAUCGGUAACGAAACCGGUGAAAAAAAUAUGCACGUAUUGUGGCUGCGUAAACCACGAGAUAGUAGAUUGCACGCAGUUUAAGGUGCUUGAUAUGGACGGUCGGUGGAAGGCAAUCAAACAGAAAAACUGGAGCUGUCUCAUACCACAUAAGAAAUGGCCGUGUCGUUCCAACAGGGAGUGUGGAGUCGACGGCUGCAGAAUUCAUCAUCACAUGUUGCUGCAUUCGACAAGAAAUCCUCCGUACAAAGGCGAAACAGCCAACAAGUCGCAGUCAACAAGUAACGUGAAAAGUAUUGUGCAUCAAAAUCUUCAUUCCUCGAUAGCGUACUCAUUGUUUAGAUAUUUACCGAUAACUAUCCAUGCUAAUGGUCAGCAGAUGAAGUCUUUCGCCUUCCUAGAUGAUAGAUCGUCCUCUACUUUAUUGGAUUCUAGCAUUGCAAUGGCGCUUGGUAUUACUGGACCAACCGACAAAUUUUCGUUAAGCUGGACAGGUAACAUAUCGAGAGAAGAGAAAGGGUCUCAACGGGUCACUGUGGUGAUUUCUGGCGAUAGAAAGCAAUUUAAGCUCAACAACGUACGAACAGUCCAGGAGCUUCGACUACCAUGUCAAACAAUGCAGUACGAAGAGUUACAGCAGAUACACCCGCAUCUAAAGGGUCUGCCGAUCCGCAGCUACAAGGAAGCUACGCCAGGGAUUAUAAUUGGACUAGAACACGUUCGACUGCUAACGUCGCACAAUCGUGAGCUGCAUGAGCAAAUGCGGCAAUAUUUUGCUAUUGAGGAAUCAAGUGUGACCAUCAAACCGGAAGGCAAGGACGACAAACGUGCGCGCGAAAUUAUGGAGACCACAACUCGACGUGUGAACGGGUUGUUCGAAACGGGAUUAUUGUGGAAGUUUGAUAGCUUCUCCUUUCCUGACAGUUAUCCCAUAGCAGUACGACGAAUGAAGGCAUUAGAGAAGCGGUUUAGCAAAGAUCCAGUUCUGGCAGGCAAAGUAAGAGAGACGAUCACGCAGUAUGAAUCAAAGGGAUACGCACUUCUGAUUACUUCCGAGGAGCUCCAGUCGACGGAUCCGAGUAAGGUUUGGUACUUACCACUGGGUGUGGUACAGAACCCGAAAAAACCCAAUAAAAUAAGGUUGAUAUGGGAUGCCAAAGCAAGAGCCGGGGAAGUGUCAUUCAAUGAUAUGCUGAUGCCAGGACCGGAUCUAUUAGUUGCAUUGGUGGCGGUACUUCUCCGCUUCAGGCAAAGGAACAUCGCAGUGGUUGGCGACAUAAGAGAGAUGUUCCACCAGAUUCUUAUAAGGAACGAAGACAAGCAGUCGCAGAGCUUUCUGUAUCAGCCGUCCGAGGAAUUACCUCCACAGAUCUACGUAAUGAACGUAGCAACCUUCGGUGCCACCUGCUCGCCCAGCUUGGCACAGUUCGUCAAGAACAAAAAUGCGUCAGAGUUCGCUGAGAGAUUUCCCAGGGCGGCUAAGGCGAUUAUAGAAAACCACUAUGUGGAUGAUUUCCUGGAUAGCCUAGACUCCGAAGCAGAGGCGAUUCAGCUUGUUAACGAGAUGAAAUAUGUCCACUCACAAGCAGGAUUUGAGAUCCGAAACUUUUGCUCGAAUUCCACUAAGGUUCUAGCUGCAAUAGGAGAACAGAAAGCGUCAUCGUCGGUAUCUUUGAAUUUGGAGAAAGCCUUGGGAACGGAGCGAGUGUUAGGCAUGAUUUGGAGGCCAACAGAGGACGUAUUCACCUUUGAUCCAAGUACCCUAAACGAGGAUAUCAAAGCACUGAUUGGUGGUGCAGUCGCACCGACGAAGCGGCAAGUCCUGAAGACUAUUAUGUCGCUGUUUGACCCUUUGGGAUUGAUAUCUCAUUUUGUUGUGCACGGAAAAAUCCUUAUGCAGUUGAUUUGGAGAUCCGGAACAGAUUGGGAUGAGUCCAUCCCAGAAGAACUUCGAGCAGUCUGGAGUCAGGCUCAUUUGUUCAUGGACGCCAGUGAAUUGGCGCGUGCAGCAGUAUUAUACCUUCGUUUGGUAAACAACAACAAGGUCCGUUGUACUCUGGUGGCGGCAAAAACAAAGGUCGCACUCUUGAAACCUGUUUCCGUACCUCGUCUUGAGUUGCAAGCAGCGAUGAUCGGUGUAAGAAUGCUGGAUAAAGUACUGGUGAGCCUAGAUAUUCCCGUAAUACGACGUUUCCUGUGGUCCGAUUCUUCGACGGUGCUCUCUUGGUUAAGAUCUGACAGUCGCCGUUUCCACCAAUUCGUGGCUGUUCGAGUGGGAGAGAUUCUGUCAACCACUAGCGUUGACGAAUGGCAUUACGUGCCAUCCAAACUCAAUGCCGCUGAUGCCAAGUGGAAGGAUGAGCAUAUUUUCGCCGACAAUAAUACUUGGUACAACGCACCGGAUUUCUUGUACAAGUCACCAGAACAUUGGCCGUCAAAACUACCGAAAAAGGAGCUGGAGAUCGUCUCUGAGCUCCGCGCUGUUUUCUUGUUUCAUGGUAUGGAGCAAAAACCACUAUUAGACGUUUCUAGAUUCUCUAACUGGAACCGACUCGUGAGAACCGUUGGAUAUACAAUAAGAGCUGUUCGUCGUUUCAAGGGAGAGAAACAUCAUAAUCCGGCUUUCUUAGCUCAGGAGGAACUGAAGUUGGCUGAAAUCCUACUCUGGCGGCAGAUACAGAAUGAGGCCUACGCUGAUGAAGGAUCUAUUCUGAAGCAUAAUAGAGCGUUUCCAGAAGAUCCAUUGUCGAUUCCUAAUACAAGUCCGCUGUACCGCCUCUCGCCCUUCAUUGAUGAAGACGGAGUCAUUCGGAUGGACAGCAGAAUUACAGCAGCACCGAUGAUACCGGUAGAGGCAAAAUACCCGAUUCUACUACCCAAGAAACACGCUGCAGUCAGUCUUCUAGUGGGAGAGUACCAUAGGCGGUUUCUUCACGCGAAUGGAGAGACGGUGUGCAAUGAGAUGCGCCAAAAAUUCUUCAUAUCAGGCCUGCGAAGCUUGAUCCGCCAAGUACCCAAGAGCUGUCUGCAUUGUCGCAUUAAAAAGGCUACCCCACAACCACCUAUGAUGGCAUCGUUACCCGAAGCCAGAGUGACUGGGUUUGUGAGGCCAUUCACACAUACGGGGGUGGACUACUUUGGACCAGUAAUAGUCAAACAAGGGCGCAGUCUGGUAAAGAGAUGGGUGGCGUUAUUUACCUGCCUUGCGAUACGCGCCAUACAUUUGGAGCUUGUGUACAACUUGUCCACCCAGUUAUGUAUAAUGGCGAUUCGACGCUUCGUAGCUCGUCGAGGUUUUCCGGAGGCGUUCUACAGCGAUAAUGGGACGAACUUCGUGGGGGCAAGUAACUUACUGACAAAGCAAAUUCACGAAGACUGUGCUGUCACGUUUAUCAGCGCCAAAACCAGAUGGUGCUUCAACCCACCAUCCGCGCCCCACAUGGAUGGUUCGUGGGAGCGCAUGGUACGCUCCGUGAAGGCAGCCAUAUCAGUGGUCGCCGACCAUCCGCAUCACCCGAGUGAUGAAGUUUUCCAAACGGUAAUUCUGGAAGCUGAAGCAACUGUCAACUCCAGACCACUUACCUACAUUCCACUUGAGUGUUCGGAGCAGGCGGCAUUAACUCCAAACCACUUCCUACUUUUCGGCACCAAAGGGGUCGUGCAACCGGAAUUGGUUAUUAACCCAAAUUUGAACACGUUGAGAGACAGUUGGCGCCUCGCGCAGACCUUGGUAAACCAUUUUUGGACCCGCUGGGUUCGCGAAUAUCUUCCGAUGAUAACCCGGCGCACUAAGUGGUUCAAACCUACGAAACCGCUUGAAUCUGGAGAUCUGGUAAUAGUAGUCGAGGAUGGGAAGCGUAACGGAUGGCUGAGAGGUCAGGUUGUGGACGUGAUGAAAGCAGCUGAUGGACAAUGUCGAGUGGAACCGUUCCACUAUACCGUUCGAGUUCGAUCCACUCGCGAAGUGUAUUUCGAUUCCGAGAUCGUUAAGGAAUCCUACGAAGUCUAUAGACCUAAAAGAUGGCUCUUGGUCACAUACUAUAGUCUUCGGUCUUCCGAACUGUCGAAUGUGCUCGGUAAUCGCGGUUUUUAUGUCAAUGAUAGUUCUAGUGGUUAA